AUGGUGGCACUGAGUGUGGAGGAUGGCCCGUGGACAGGAUGUGCGGUUCUCUUCCUGCACUCCUGUCCCGCAGUGAACCUGCUCUCUCUCUACAAAGACCAGCAGGGCAAGUUCAGCGUCUUCAAAGUCCUCAAGCUGACACUCACAGACUCGGUGGGGGGGCUGGAGGGGUACGAGAUCCUGAAGCUGCACGAUGCAGAUCCUCUGCUGGGUGUGGAGUUGAAGUUUGUGGAUGCGGCUGCGUGCCGCAGGUUCCUGCAGAGCUAUGGCUCCGGUGCCGUACAACAGUCCCUCACCCAGCACACCUGCCGCCUCCUCGGCCCACAGGAGCUUGCCGUGGAAACCCAGCUCAAAGCCGGGACGCACACUUUGGACUUUUGUCUGGACGAUCUGGAGCUUUGUCUGCAGCACAUCCACCAGUCACAGCCGGGGCGCCUACGGCAUGAUGAGAUUGCUGAGCUGGAGCAGCAGCUGCAGAGCCAGGCCUUGGGUCACGUACCCCAGCCACCCACCCUUACACAGGGAGAGCCCCCCGUGCCCAGCAACUGUUUCCUGUUCCAGAAGAGGGUGUUUGAGGACCGCAUGCUGGCGGCAGGGGACCUGCAGCGGUUCUCCAACGGCGUUGGGCGGGACUGGAGGAAAGUGGGGCGGGCCUUGGGCAAGAACUGCCGUGCGCUGAAGGGGCCGGCCAUAGACAACCUGGCCUACGAGUACGAGAGGGAGGGGCUGUACGAGCAGGCCUAUCAGCUGCUGAGCCGCUUCAUCCAGGCGGAGGGGAGGGCAGCACGGCUGGGCCGGUUGGUCAGAGCACUGGAAGAAAGCAAACUCACCAGCCUGGCUGAGAACAUUUUGGACAUCCAGCCCCGGGAGUGA